UGUACCUCUUGACUUUUCCUUUUUCAUAACUUAGUUAAUUUCUGUUGCAAAUGCAACAAGAUUUUAAAUAAUUUAUAUUCAACUGCAGUCUAAAAUGAAAUGGAUCUUGUGCAGCCUUUGAAUGGAAUUCCAAAGACUCCGGAAUCACCGUUCGGCCCGAUAUGGAAGCCGGAUCUAUACAAGUUGCAACAAGAAGCACCGAAGCCGAAUAUGAUUCCAUGUGAUUUAGAUGUGCCUUCUAAGCCAGAACAUUAUGGAAAAGAAUUCCAUGGUGCUCUCAGUCAUCAGCAGGCGGCACUGCUCCUCAAAGAGGAAGGAGACUACCUUGUCAGACUCAGUGGCAUAGCUAAUCCCAUCUGCACACUCUCAUUUAAAUUGAGAGGAAAAAUAAGACAUUACCGUUUAUUUUAUGAUGGACAGCAUUAUGUAAAGGACAAGAAGUUCGACUGCAUUGAUGAUCUCGUUGCUCAUGGCCUUGUCACACUUCAUUUAGAAGCAGAAGCUGGCACAUACAUCCAGUUGAUGUGUGAUGAGGCCAAGUAUGAAAAAAGCCCUGCAUACAUGACCUUAUCUAGAUUUAAAAACAGAACAAAACCAUUAUUGACCACUCAUCAAGAAGAAGAAACUGUAUUGUAUGACAAGCCGCACAAAUUUAAAAUUCACAAUUUCAAAGGAUUCAACUGGUGUGAGUUCUGUAGGAAUUUCCUUUGGGGUUUAACUGCUCAAGGAGUGAAGUGUGACGAUUGUGGGUUCUCUGCACAUGUUAAAUGUUCAGAAAAACUCCCGCCGGACUGUUGUCCAGAGCUGAAGUCCGUGCGGUCUGUUUUUGGAGUCGACUUGACUGCAUUCGUCCGGUCUAGGAAAACAACAAGGCCAUUUGUCGUUGAAAAAUGUGUUCAAGAAAUCGAGAUCCGUGGCCUACAUGUGGAAGGGUUAUACAGGAUAUCUGGUUUUGCCGAUGAAAUGGAUAAUCUGAGAAUGGCAUUUGAAAGAGAUGGAGAAAAUGCAGAUAUUUCUGCAAACGUUUAUGAUAACAUUAACGUAGUAGCAGGGAUAUUGAAGCAAUAUUUUAGAUUACUCCCAAUUCCCCUGCUAACCUAUGAGGUUCAUCCUAAAUUGAUAAAAGCUGUUGAACUUCCCACAUUAAAAGAACAAAUUAUAAUGACUAAAGAAGCCCUUGCCCACUUACCACCUGCACACUACAACACACUUAAAUAUCUUAUGGCACAUUUAUCAAAAGUGGAAGAACAUCAAGCUGCAAACAAGAUGAGCUCAUAUAACUUGAGCACAGUCUUUGCCCCAACACUAAUGCCACCAUCUAGCUCUAAGAUGGCCGGCUCAAUCCCGGACAUGACUGGUGAGAUAAACUCGCUCAAUCUUCUCAUCCAUCAUCAGAAACUGAUAUUUCAAUCUGCAAUUCUUUACUAGUGUUUCUUUACUCUAUCCCCCCAUCUAAAUCUGUAUGAUAGCAGAGUUUUAGUGACGACUUAGAAUGGGAUUUCAUGCCUCUUGUUAAAUUCAGACAAAAUUUUUGCAAUGUUGUGAAAAUGUUAAAACUUUGGAAUUGUUUAGUGAUUGAUUACAAAUUUAUUGUUCCUGACUAUUUAGAAUCUUUUGUUAAGAGGCCUGGAUAUCCUAUAAAGAAGUGAAGAAACUAUUUAUAAGAAUUGAGUUAAACUUUCCAUUCUUCUAUAUUAUUUAUUUAUUUUUUUGUUAUUGUAAAUAUUAAGUAAUGUAUAUUUUUAUUUGUUAAUUACUAUUCAU